AUGAGUGAAAGUCCUCUGAUGGAGUACAAUCUAGCGUCGUCUCUGGCCCCCGUCUCGGAUCCCGGGGCCACAGCGGGGCUCCUGCUGGCUCCGGACAGCGAGCAGGGCACGGCGCUCUGCUUUGUGGGUCUCCUGCUGCUGUUUCUGGUGUUUCUGCUGGUGCGCUGUUUCCGGAUUCUCCUGGACCCGUACAGCAGCAUGCCGUCCUCAUCCUGGUCAGAUCAUAAAGACGGAUUGGAGAGAGGACAGUUCGAUUACGCGCUUGUGUAA